AUGUUUCGUUCGAUUGCUGUUGUCCUCUUCACGGCCCUGCCACUGCUUCAGGCUGCUUGUGCUAUUGAUAUUUCCCAGUAUAAGAACGUUCAGUUGGAAUUCAACGACAACGAUGGUGUGCCACGGACAAAGUUGUUGGGUUUGAAUCCUGAAGAACGCGGACCCGGAUUCAUCGGAGACUUGGUCGUCGGUCAACGUUACUCAGAUGAAACAAUUUUCCGUCGAGUGAUCGAAUUCGAGAAUCCAACCAGCACUGUUCAAGGAACAACUCUGAGUUUAAGUAUCUCCAACGGAGUUAUCCACUAUAUCAGCGCAAGGAACGCGCAAGGCAGUUACGGGGUUAUCUGUGACAAUCCAAACGUCUUAGGAGCAUCCAAGAGCAGCAUUAACCUUCGAGUACCUCCGAAUUCGACAGCCAUGUUAAGUCUGAUCAUUGCGGCGCAUAGCCAAGUGCAGCGUAAAUCGAAGUCAUACAUGGUCCAAGAUUAA